AUGACGUCUACACCUACUGGACACCGCCCAUGCGCAGACUGCCCCUCUACUUCUCUUGAGCGCGGUGCAGACGGUGCGCGCGUUUUGAACUGGGAGAAAAAGCCAUACACGAACGCUGAAGGGGAGGUAAUAGAAGAGGACCGCUAUGGGACGUCACAGUCCUUUCGCUUCGGAGAGGAUGUCUACAACAAUCGGGCUCUAAACAAUCUGCCCUAUCACCGCUUGCACGCGGGUCACGUUGACCUUCUCAAGAAGGAGUGUCUCGCCAACGUGCACUUCUGCGUUGCUAAGUUACACGCACUUCCUGUUGAGGCGCUUUUAGACGACUUCACGGCGGCCAAAGCGGCAUUCCCGGGGAAACCCCUGAUCAAGUGCAUUCUGGAGGCGCUUCUGCUCUCCCGGAACGGGCUGCAGAUUGAUCCGGUUCAGUUCAUGCCUCAGCUACUAGGGCGCCUGGAGGACAACGAGUCAACAGCCGAGUUCAAGCAGCGCUUACGUGAAUAUAGCUCAAAAGUGUGGUUCGAGCCCGAUGUCAACAUCCUGGAGCGUACCGGGGGUCAACUGCUACACAGCAUCCACGUGCACGCGUCCGAAAUUGACAUGAUGACGAUUACGUCAUGUGGAACUUACGUAAUCACAGUCUGCGGGUCGUUGAAGGAGAUCAAAAUCUGGAACAUCAAGGUCGACCCCCACGGUUGCUACGCAAUGUGACGGGUAAAGGUCAGUCUAGAAAGAUCGCGUUUUGUCAUGGUGAUGAGUGGAUCGCCAUGAAAUUUGGCAACGUAAUAAAAGUUAAAAAUCUGCAAACAAGUUAGCAUUACCAAUAAAAAACUCUAUAUUGAAAUAUAUAUUUUUGAUUGUGUAUGUAUGCAUGUUAAUUUGUAUUUUGCUAGUCUUUGAAAUAUUUAUAUGUGUUCUUAUCAUAAACCAACAACAUAUUUUUACAAACAAACAGAACAUCAACACAAUAAUUAGGCCAAGCCGAAAAUGACUUUCUCUAUAUACUAGGAUAGAACCUGUCACGAGUUUCUUUUCAAACACCCUAUUGUUAUUCAACGGUUUUGGUGGUUACUGACGAAUUUUCGGGACGAAUAAAUGAUAUGAAAUAAAAUAACAACGAAUGUCGGAUAAUUUUAUCAACAAUCAGUUCUGAUUCGCUGUAAAUUCAUAAACACAACGUCAUUUCACCUCUCAAAGAAAAUGUUUACUUAAAAUGUAAAAUGCAUAUUUAAAAUGUAUCUUCCACAUUUAAAAGUAGCAAUUAAACUCCAUAAAACUUAACAGGCAUGAAAUUAUUAUUAUUAUUUACUUUUUUAUAACAAAAACCCCAACUAAAACAUACAAACAUAUCACGAUUACCGGUCAUUGCAAAGCAUUGGUAGUUUGCACGCUUCGGUUGCAUUCAUCUCUUAUAAGGUCGCAGUGAUGCAGUCGAUAUGUUGUUCUUUUGCGACUGGGCUAUCCCUUGUUCGAUCCCCCCUCGGGGUGCGCUCUUAGAAUCAUCUCAAAAGACAUUAAUACGUUGUUCUUGCUAUGAAAUAAAAUCGAUUCAACUGCCAAAAGUUUCCGAUGUUGUAUGGUUUUAAUAAAAAAAAUUAUAUAACCUUCAUUAUCGCAUUCCUGUUUGCAGGUAAACAAUGUAUGGACAUACCGCUGCUCAACGGCGAUUUUUGUAACAGCGUAAAGUGUGGUCCCAGUUAAGCGUGUGCAGUCCGAACAGACUAUAUAUGUAUACAAGUAUUGACUUAGAUAAAGAAUAUAUUAGAGACUUUCUAUGGGAAAUCGGGUCUUCUUGCUAGUACGUAAAGUGUGUUCCCAGAUAAGACUGUGCAGUCCGGACAUAAUAUAUAUGUAUACAAGUAUUGACUUAGAUACAGAAUGUAUUAGAGACUUUCUAUGGGAAAUCGGGUCUUCUUGCUUGUACGUAAAGUGUGGUCCCAGAUAAGCGUGUGCAGUCCGCGCAGACUAUAUAUGUAUACACAGAUAAAGAAUGUAUUCGAGACUCGCCAUGGGAA